UUGCCUCCACUCCACCGAUGGACGCCUCGUGGGUAGCACUUCAUUAAGCUCCCUGUUGCUAGGCGCAGCAAACAACCAACCGCCGCCGUCGCCGUCGCUCCCGAUUGCCAUCUUCCUUUGCCUCACCUCACUUCACGACAGCCACCAAUAUUCUCGACGUUCUUACCUCGACGUUCUUACCUCGACAGUAUCCUCACGAAGUCGCUGUUUACCAUCGGUCGCUUCUCAAGGCCUCUAGCAAUUCUGGUCCGGCUGCACCCCCCUUCACCGUCGAUCUUUUUCCUUUUGGUCAAGCAACUAUUACAUUUAGUCUUACGGGGACACGUCUCGAAGACGACCGCGACCACGAUUAUAGCGACAACGAACAAGACGCCAACGACGCCGACGUGGGCGUGUUGGCACCUUGGGAGCUACUUUCAAUGAGGCCUUGGCCGCCGAUGACGAUAUUUCCGCCCGCCGAGUCCCAACCCCUACCGUACCCGUCGUCUCUGCCUGGGUGUAUCGGAGCGGAAUGGCUGCCUCAGUGAGGGUGUCAGGCCCGCCAAACAGUAGUUUCUUGAUAGGUUAUCCAGGGAUUUCGGCAACACUGCCACGCAUAGAAGGAACCGUCGAAAUUAGGCCCUCGCAGGGCUAUUCGAUGCCCGUCGCCAUAUCGCUGGUCAGGAUAUGUCUUCAAAGACGAGAGUCGAUACACCCGGCUGCCGAUAACAUGGCCAAGAAGCACUUGGGUACACCCCGGCGUGAAACGACCGAUAUUGUUGGCAAGGAACAUCUUCUGUUUCGGUGCCCUGACGGCAAGGAAUCCGAGAGUGUUAUCGCCAUGGACCUUCCUUUCGUCCUCUUUAUCCCUUUUGGUCGCGGUGGCGAGGAGACCAACAGGAGGAUUCCUCCAGCAUCACUUCAGCUUCCUAGUCGAACUGCCGAAACAUAUUACGAGCUCAUAGUUACCGUCCAGCAAGGUGCCAGCCAUCAAAACAAGUACCAUUUCCCUCUGCCGCUCCAGAGGUACGAUACCCUCUCGACGUUUGGCAUGUAUAAUCGCCCCGAAUCCAAGGUUGCGACGGCGGAUAACAUUGUGACUUUGGGGAUCUCGUUGCCGCGCUGGAGCUACGGACCACUGGACCCGAUCACCGUCUACAUAAAACUUGCCCCAAACCCAGACUGGCUGAACAAGGCCAAGCGGGUUACAAUCAACAAGAUCACGCUAAGCAUAGAGGAAGAAAUCACAUACAACCCAGAGGGUGACGAGCCGCAAAAAAAGGUUAAUAGGAUCUCCAAGCACACGCAACCGGUCGGGACUAGGCUUCCCGAGGCCGGUUACACUACGAAUCUCGGGCUCGUGUUUCCAUCGCGAGAUCUCAGAGACGCCGAAGGGGUUAUGCGUCGAGGAGAGCCAUCCAAGUUUCCAAAUCAUGAGGUGACUUCGUUCACCACGACCUCGACUUUGUACAAGGUGGAGUUCUUUCUCACAAUCAAGGCAUCCAUGAGCUCCGCACGUGAUAUCACUCUCAGGCAGCCUAUCGUCAUCUGCCCAAUGGACCAGCAAGCCUGUAAGGAAGAAAUCGAGGCCAUUGAGCAAGCAGCGAGGGAUGCGUCACUUGUCGAUCCAAAUCACCCGUAUACUCCAGCCAAAACCAUUGUGCUGGCUAGCCAUGAGAACUCUCUUCGGCACCUGGGUCUUUGUAUUGUGGGUGGGCAGAAGAAGCCUUUGAUUGAAUGAGACCAGACCGGGCAGAGCUCGAAGCUGUCUUGACUCACUUAGGGAGUUAAAGAAAUAUUCGGCUGGCGUUCCAAAUCCGAGAAAGUCUCCAGUCUGACUUCCACAGGGCACGCUUGUUGCCUUGAAAAGGGCCGCGCCGCGCGCUUCGACAUAUCAGUCAUGGCGCGCCGUUGACAAAAACUGUAGCUGAUAUACGGUUGCCUCGACCUCAUGGCAACCAUACACCAUUGAAGCAGCUGAGCUUUGGCUGCAGUGGAACAAAAGACGAUACGAAAUUCUGGGUGGAAGCGAAAUUUCUGGCGAUAUUUCAAACGGCCCAUGAACCAAGCUUUCGCACAUCGUCACCUUUGCUGCUCAGUGUCUUCUCAUGGGUCGAAUGCAGGCUAUGCCUCGAGCUGUAGACACAGUCAACUAAGGAGGUUGGUGCUGUGCUCUUGCUGGUCUCACAAUUGUCCUAGGCAGCACAUUAGCGAUCCGAUUUCCACUCGGCUACCACUGCCAGCAUCGGAUAAAUAGUUCAUCAUCCUAUAAAGCAGGACCUGGUUGCUGUGGACAGCAUUCCGAUACACCUUUCCAGCAUACAUAGACUUAUAAUCCUGCAGCAAUUGGACUGGGACGUUUCAUCCUCCACUAUUCCAACUGGGAAACCCAUGUGGUAGAAACGCAGAUUCUAUACUCAGAUAGACGGUUCGCGUUUUACAUACCAGAGAGAUUUAUUUGAUACUACCAAGUACUUCUUUUUCUUCGAACGACAGAUCGACUGGCACAGGUGUUCACGUAUCUUACUUUUUACUACUUCUUUUUUUUCUCGGAAUGAUAGCUUGGACAACCACUGGUCUACAUCCGCUUUGCUGGGCAUUGGGGCUGUACAUAUCCGUCUAUGGCGUGGUGUUAAGGCUGGCUUUAUGGGAAGAUCGUUCGAGCAGGCAGGCGUGUGGACAUCAAUAUGAGCAUGAUAAUAAAUCUUAUUUUUCUUCCAAUGCUGUUCAGUAGGAAAUUCCCGGCUUGUGUUUUGCCAAGCAAGUUGUACACUAAUAGUUGAUAAGCGGGAGUAUA